AAAUUGUUUGGCGGGCUCUUUUCUGUCAGCUGAUCAUCUUCCUUCAUUUGUAAUAGAUUAUGAAUGUCGCUUGUAACCGUCAUGAUGACAAUUCCCCAAUCUUGUUCAUCGAUUUUAACCAAGAUUAUACAUCUAUUCAAGUUGGAACAAAAACGGGAUACAGCCUCCUAUCAACUGUUGGUGAUCAGGUGACUGAGACAUUUUCUUCUACCGGUGAUCCUAUGUGUAUUGUUGGAAGAUUAUUUAAUCGAAGCUUGGUUACAUUGGUCUCACAGAACGAUAUGCGCAGGCUACUAGUUGCACAUUCCAGAAUAAACACAUUGAUAUGCCACUAUCGUUAUACCCUGACUAUAUUAGCUGUUAAAAUGAAUCAUCAGCGUUUAGUAGUUUGUGUAGAAGAUGGAAUAUUUAUUCAUAAUAUGCGUGAUAUGCAAUUAUUGCAUAAAGUUGAAGAAACUCCACCUAACCGAAAUGGUGUUAUUGCUUUAUCGGCCAAUGAAAGCAAUUGCUAUUUAGCCUAUCCUGGCUCUCAUCGUGUUGGAACUGUUUUCAUUUUCGAUGCAUUAAGUUUUCAAAAUGUUACAUCUAUCGCUGCCCAUGAUGGUCUACUAGCAUGUCUUACAUUUAAUGCGAGAGCUAAUUUAUUAGCGACUGCAUCAGAAAAAGGCACUGUAAUACGAGUGUUUUCUAUUCCACAAGGAGAAAAAGUGAUUGAAUUUCGUCGUGGACUUACUCGCUGUGUAUCUAUCUGCUCUCUAUCAUUCAGUAUGAAUAGUCAAUAUCUUGUUGCCGCUAGUCAUACAGAAACAGUGCAUAUAUUCAAAUUGGAAAGUCGUUCUUCUGAAAAGACACCUGAAGUUCAAACUGAUCACUAUACUAGACAACGUACUACGUCUUCUAGUUCUGGAGCUAGUCAAGUUGCUGGAUGUAUUAUAGAUGAGUGUGAUCCGCCUUCAUCUGAUGAUAUUGGCACAAAUUACCCGGGAUGUAUAGAUAUAAAUACUACUGGUUUAGAUAAUACUAAUACUACAACUGGUGCAGCGGCAGCUACUAUGGCCAGUUGGAGUCAAGGUUUAAUGGGAUGGAUGGGAAGUACUCUAAAAACAUAUUCUGCUUAUCUACCACACCAAGUCUCCGAAAUAUUUGCUCAAGAUCGUGCGUUUGCAUAUGCUCGAAUACCAUGUGCAUCAGUUAAUAGUCCAUUUCGUCCACCAGGCAGUGGUAGUUCUGUAACCAUGACUCCAACCGGAGAAUUGGUUAAUCUUAAUUAUGUUGGUUCGACACCUUCAAUUCCUCAAGGUAGUCUAAUGCAAUUGUCACUUGGGCAAAGGAAAGUGGCUGCUCUUGUUUACUAUCAGAAUCAACCACGGUUAAUUGUCGCUGGCCUAGACGGUCUUGUGCAUAUUUUCUCUAUUGAUCCAGUCAAUGGUGGUGAAGGUGUUUUAAUAAGAACUCAAAGAUUACUAUCUCCACUUUCAACAAAUAAUCAACCAACUAGUAUAUCAUCUGUAGCAAUGAAUCCUAAUUCACCGUACGAUUCAAACUCUCUCCCAACAUCUAAUAUCACUAAUAGUAAUGUUAGUAUUUCUACCGGGGAUGGUAAUACAUCUAAAAAUGUCAAUUGUAUUCGAACUGGCGGGCCCCAACAACCAGGUGUUUACGCAUUACCAGCGUCUGUUGCUACAACUGUAAAUUUAUCCAGUGGCAGUAAUCCAGGCGUUGUUACAACCGGUAAGGUCAAUACAUUCGCAUCAGUUGUUGCUGGUGGUAUAAAAGAUGAAAGUGAGUUUCCGAUUGUAUGUGUGCAUGUGUGUACAAGGUUGUCGCACUAUUUUAUGUUAUUAAUUAUUUAUAAAAUCUGAUCAUAUUUUUGUUAAAUAAUUUCCAAUAUUUAACAGAAAUUUCCAGAUGAUAAAUGUUCACCAACUUAGAUGACUGGUUAUGCUUAUGAAUGACUACGUUGCUACACAAACAUCAUAGAACGUGCUAUAAAUUUAUAUCGAUCUAACUUUUCAUAUUUCGUAUCAGUAUAGUAUCAAAAGAGAGGUAACGAUUGCAUGCAUCUUCUCUACCGUUAUCGAGUUUGAGCUGUAUUACUUGAGAUCCACAACCAUAAAUUACAUUCUUUUCGCUCAAACUAUAAUCACAAAUUACUGGUACCGACAAUCAUUGGCUUUCUGAACUGAUGUCAUAUGUUAGUUUGUUCGUUUUCAUUCUUCUCUAAAUAUAUACUUUCUGUAGUUAUCAUUGUACUUUUGGGGUAUGCAAUAAGAGAACAAUAAAGUUGUAUCAUCCAGUUGUUACAGGGCAGAAUUUGAAGUAAUAUUUCAAAUUUAAUACUUUUUAAAAUUCCAAUUUCAUUUAUAAAGUCAAGUCACGUGUUACUUAUGCCUGAACACCGAUUAACAUGACGCGCGAUGAUUAGUAUUGGGAACGGUUGGGAGAAAGUUAGGGGCGGUCAAACUAAAACGUGGCAUCAGUGCUUGAAGUCACUAACUUCUAGUCUUAAACAUGUUGGUAGAUGCAGACUACUUGGUUGGCGUCCACGUGACUAUCGUAACCAAUGGUUGGAGACUCUGGGUGACAUGGCUCAGAAUCGAUCAGAAUGAUGCUGGUGUAUACCCUAUCUGUCUUCCCUUAAACGGUGAGAUUAAAAUACUUUAUACCUUUGUUUCUACGAUCUAAUUCUUUCUUUCUGUACUAUAUCCUUACACAAAAUCUUUCCUUUGUAUAUUACACCAUUGAGUUAACUGCUUCCAUGAAUCCGGUGUUCGUCUUGCUGUGCUAAUGAGGUGUGGCAACUUGGACCGAUACAUAUAUGUGCCUGGUCGUACGUUGUAACUGAUUGAAUGCAAACUCUUAUAUGUAUUUCCGAGAUUUGAACAGUUAUUUUUCCAUUACAAGAUUAUCAUUAAAUAUAUGAUCAUUGUUAUUCAGCUAUAUAUCUAUCUAUGCAUUUGUUUGUUAUAUUAAACUUAAUGGAAAGAGAAUUUCUAGGUGUUAUGAUUUUGUAUUGUACAUUACUGAGCUUCACUUAUCUGUUGUGUAUUUUUCGAUAUCGUUAUUUUCUUUUAGGCACAAACGUUACUGGUGGUAAUCAAUCACCGAGUUCCAUGAAUUCAGCAUGUCAUGAUGAGUAAAUGAACCGAUAAUGUAAAUGGAUCAACACAACCCUUCUAUACACACACACACAUCAAGAAAGAUUUGUCUACACUGCAAUAUCAUUUCAAGUUUAAAUGUUGUUGUCAUCAUAGUUGUUAUUUGUAUUAUGUUGAAUAAUUGGCUAAAUGAUUUCAAUUGUGUAUUUUGGCUAGUUCAUUAUCAUCUUCGGUUUAUUUUUGUCAUUCAAAGUUUUAUGUACAAUAAAUUCUCAAAAAUGAUUAUUUCAGUUGUUAGUCUGUUUUUAGCGUUUUAUUGUUUUCUUUUGAGUGUCUAUUUUGUUAAGUAAAACACAUACAUUCUUUUAUCUACGCUUUUCGAAUAUUGUUAGAGUAAAGGAAACUGGCGAAUCUAACCAACAUACACAAACACACACACAUCAUACACACUCUUAAGUUUUUCAACCAUCUUUAUUUUCACAAAGUUUAUUUGACGUUUAUUUCCCAUCAUCCACUAAAUGCCUCUGUGUAUAUGGAAAACAAAAUUAUUCCCAGCCAAGGAUAACAGACAAUGAAAUAAGGCAUAAAUUAUUCCGUCUAUUCAACCCUGUAAUAUUUUUCUUCCUUUUUUCUUUUACCAAGUUCAUCACCUUUAUCUUGACUUAUUCCCAUUGUCGAUUGUCUUUUUAUUUGUUACUGCUUGUUGUUAUCUUUUACUUCAUGAACUACCACAUCGUACUACUCAUUACUACUGAUUAUCAUUUAGGAGUUUCUUGAUUAAUGUGGUAAUGUAUACUUGUUUUCUAUUAGUUUACGCGUUGAUUUUCCUUCUCAUUACUGUUAACAUAAAUUAUUUACUUCUCGAUGAAUUAUUCAAAUUUAUUAUUAUUAUUACUUCCCAUUUAUAUUUAAUGGAAAAGUGAAUUAUUCUUUGUACAAAUUUUGUCGAUUUUUACAGAAAGAGUCAAUGGACCUUUCAAUCACAGAUUUUCAUCAAUCAUCAUCUGUCUUUGUCUAUAAACUUUGUAUUUUUACACUACUAUUGACCCUGUUAAUAAUACACCUAUAUGUUGAGCAUCUCACUCUUAUUCCUAUCCAUUUUUAUUCUUAUUAUUAUUAUUUUGUUGAAACUGUGAUUCGUAUAUUAACUGUUUUCCAUUUAUCUAAUUGUGCUACUUGUGAAUUGUUGAAAUAGAUGUGAGUUGGUGGUAUGUUAGUAUGGUUUUGCUAUUGAAAUAUUAUUAAGAGUUCUUUUCGACAUUGUAACUAAGCUAAAGGUGUUAUGAAAUGAGCUUUAUCCGAAAAAUUACCUUCUCGUUAAUAAUUGUGUAACAUUUGAACUCUAUAAGUUGUCAUCUAAAAGAAAUGUGUUAUCUCAUGCAGUCAGUUCACUUAUCAAUGUAAAUAAAUGAAAAAUAACAAUACAGGAUACAAUGAAUUCA